AUGUGUAUCUCUUUCGCAUCCGCACCGCACAUGCAUAUGGCGAAAUUAGAACGGGUAUUAGGUUGCACAGCUGUUUCACGAUCGUCAGUAUCAGUGGACGACAUCAAAGGCAUUGUAGCCUAUCCGGCUGGGGCUACUGUCAUUCUUUAUAAUCCAAGAAAUAAUGCCCAAGCCCAUUUAAUUGGUACAACGAAAAACAGCAUAACAUGCUUAUCGUUCUCUUUCUGCGGACGAUACAUCGCUACCGGAGAGGUAUUCUUAGAUGAAUUAAUUUUUUGGGAGUUAUACGACGCGAAAGGACAGUUUGCUUUUACCCAAAUUGUUGAUAUAAAGCAUCAUCAGUUAGGAAUCAGCUGUGUGCGCUUUACGCCUAAUGGUCACUUGGUAUCAGUAGGGAAUCAGCAUGAUCGCUCGAUCGUAGUUUGGGAUUGGCGAGCACAGCAAAAAAUUGCUGAAAAUCGUCUUACUUCGAAAGUUAAUUCAAUUGAUGUAACAGAACAAGGCGGAUGUGUAACGGUGGGGAUCAGGCAUGUCAAAUUCUGGCAUGUUACAAGGAAACCAGAGAGUUCCAAGAGUAUACCUUUACAGGGUCGUUCAGCAAUUUUGGCCGAUCAACGAAACAAUACUUUUUUGGAUGUGUGUUGUGCUCCCGGCAAUCGAACAUUUUCAGUUACAGAAACUAGUCUUUUGAUUGAAUUUCAUGACAAAAAGUUAGUGAGCACCUAUGACCUACACAGUGAAGUUCCACGGUCGAUAGUGCUUGGAAUUGGUGAACUUUUUAUUGGAUUCAACAAUGGUUUUAUAAGAUGUUUGGAUAUUACAACAAUGAAGCAUAAAUUUACAUUCUGUAAACCACAUUAUUUAUCAUGUGAUGUUGCGGAAGGAGUAAAACAAGAUGCACUGUCGCCUGAUUCACAUCCGAUAGGGUGUAGGUAUCCAGAUGUGCGAGCAUUAGCAUACAACAGGAAGACUGGAAUGCUUACUGUGGUUUAUAGCGAUCGAUCCAUUUAUACAUGGCAACAAACGGAUAAGAAUAUUCUCAAAAUUUCUUCACAGCUUUUUCAUGUUGGGCCAGUGAUUUCACUAGAGGUUUAUCCGUCAAAUUUCGAAUGGUUACCACAAAGUUCAAUCAUAACGGGUGGUGCAGAUCAAACUAUUCGCAUAUGGAAUGUGGAUCAUCUAUUAAGAUCAUUUGAUGAGAACAAGCGGACUUCUUUGCCAUAUGCGAAUGUAUUCUCGGAUGACUUGAAAAAAGUUAUUUUUAUUACCAAUAAUGAUUCUCAACUUAACGAAUCUCCAGAUGAAGUAUUUGGAGCAUCCAUGUCUGAUACAGGCAGUGGUGUAAAAUCUUUGAAAAUAAGUCCUGAUGGAAAACAUCUGGCUGCAGGCAGUCGAGAUGGAAAUUUAUCUAUUUAUGAUUUAACUGUACCAACUAUGGAAAUGAUUGCAUUUUUUGAAGCUCACGAAAGUGAUAUUAUGUGUAUGGAGUAUUCUGACCCACAAAGUGCUCGUUAUCUGUUAGCUACUGGAAGUCGCGAUCGCAUGGUGCACUUGUUUGAUCCACUUAAUGGAUAUCAACCAUUAGCAAGUAUUGACGAUCAUACAAGCACUGUCAAUUCGAUACUAUUCGUAGAGGAAGUUGGUAAUUUGCAGUUGAUAAGUUCUGCUGCUGAUCGUUCAAUUGUGAUUAGAAAGAUGGUCAAUUCAGAACCAUCUUUGGUGACUUUUUCACGUACAACUCAUAUAAAAUCGCAAUUUGGCUUGAACUUUGUCGUGUUGAGUGCUGAUGGAAUGGUUGCCGCUUGCCAGGAUCGUCAGCUUCGGACAUAUUCGUUUCAGGGAAGGCUUGUAAAGCAGAUUAAAGGCGCUGCAAGUGAUGAUGGACAACUCACUAAGGUACGACUGGAUCCAUCAGGAACUUAUGCUGCGGCAGUAUGUACAAAUCGAAAUGUUUAUAUCAUUGAUAUAGCCACGGGAGAAUUUGCUGCUAUAUUGACUGGCCAAUCAGAUAACAUUACAGAUAUUGCUUUUUCCGCUGAUUGCAGACGAUUAUAUGUUGUUUCCUAUAGCGGUUGCAUUUUCGUGUGGCGACUGUCCAAUUUCCUUGUCAGCAAAAUGAUGGCUAUACGAAAAUCCCAAAUCACCAGGAAUACUUGCACCACAGGAGUUGAAAAACUUUGUGAACGGUCGGAAACACCAGAUAGUUUGUUGGGGAGUGGCAGUGAUGCAGCUGGUGAUGAACACAUGGAGUAUACACGAAAUGCGAAGCUGAAAGAUUCAGAAUCCGAAUUUGGUUCUCUAAGCAGCAUUAAAAUUGGUGAUGAAGAUUCGGAUAGUUGUAUGGGACGGAAGCCAACAACAGUGAUUAUUAAUACUCCAUUCAGUAGUGUGAUUACAGAUGACAAUUUCGAACUGAAGCGAGUGACAACAGAAGUUGUGAGACGUAGUACAAGUGGGAUGAUGAAUGAUCAACUUACCAGCUGGGAUACUGCUUCAGCAGCUAAUGAUUUCUCCGAUGAUGAGCAAACGCCAACAUCAACAGCUGCAGGCGCAGGUAGAUCUUUAGGGACAAUGAACUUUGUCCAGCAGCAAUUAGGCGGUAACACGACCGUUGGAGGAGGAGAGGAUACAUGCACUAUAAGCAGUACACCUUUUAAUUUACGAUUUUCUCAAAUACCAGGGACAACUGCCGCAGCGGUGCACUCUAAUGGUACCGGAAAUGGUGCUGAUGGUGUUAAAGGGAGAAGCAUAGGCAGUCAUGGAUCAUCAGCUAUUGCAGCGGGAAGCGAUGCUUUAACACGAAAACCACGGAAAAAAUGGGAUGAUGUGUCACUUAGCCCCACUAGGGAUACACCAACUUAUGUUUCAUCAUUAAUAUCAAAUUCAUUCGAUGUGCCAUCCUCUGAAAUGCACAUCUCCCCGUCAUCCAUCCUGCCAUCAUCCUCCAAGGAAAAUAUGUUAAAUAAUUCUAUGACUAUGAAUGGUAAUCAAAUGCAAUAUUCACCGAGUUCACCCGAACGAAAUAUCCACAAGAAAAUACCGAAUUCCAUAUCAGAACCGGGAAUUGUUGAGUUGCAGCAACAUGUCUCUUCUCCACUCAAUAACACAGUGCGCAAUACCGAAGAAUCUUCUGAAUCAUGCAUCACACCAGUUAAAGUUUCGCCCUCAGUGUUCUCUCAGUCUCCUAGUUCGGCGUUUAGUCGGUCUAGCGUGAAACGUUGCAGUUUAACAAAACGUCUAAAAGGAAUCAGAAGUAAUGAGUCACAGACAGUAUGGACUCCGCCUUUGAUUGGUACCAGGCGAUCGGCAAGCAAUAUGCAUUAUACUACAGUAUCAGGACGAACAAUCCCAGUAACACGACGAAAAUCCGACUUGCACAUUACUUUGUCGCGUUUAUAUCAGCAUCAACAACAAGAAAAGAAUAAUUUAAACACCGCAGUCAUAGGUCGAGCUUUAAGUCCACUAGCUCGUUGCCAAGUGAUUAAUGAUGUCAUCAAAAAUCGACGAAUGACAAUUACAGGAGAAGAUGAUUACGCCUCAUCUGACCUCCAUUUACGCAGUCGAAGUCAAAGCCCGUCGCAGCUCGCUCUCAAUGUCCUAGGAAAUGGGAAACGGCAGCGACAAGAUUCUGAUAUGUCAACAUAUUCAGUUUUAACGAUGGCUUCUACUCGCUUGACACCAUCUUCAUCACGGACGAAUCUACGAGCUGUCACUCUUAAUAAGCAACAAUCGUCACAGACGCUAAAUCGAUUGGCAGGAUUGCGUGACAGGUUACGCAAGUCGCAGGAGAAUUUGGCUGGACCUCUGAAUGAUGACAGUUUCUCAGCAGUUUAUCCAAAUAUUAUGUCACGUUCAAAAUCAUUCGGUAAUCUUCGGCUAACAGCCGCUGCACCACUUAGUGGAAAUCGACCUGGGCUUGGUCCACUACUUAAUACUAAUAGCGAUGCUGGUAGAUCAUAUCUAUCACGAUUAAAUGCUGACAGCACUCCUGCUGGUGCACCGGGAUUGAAUAUUCGAAAUCGUUUGAUUGCUCGUUCAGUUGGUAAUUUAUAUAGUACUUCGGAAAGAAGCGAUACAUUAAAUGGUAACAAUCUUUUGAGCCAACCAGAAGUACCUUUGGGUGCAAAAACUGAACGAAAUUUGGCAAAAACUAUCGAGAAUCUAAAGAAAGCGAGUAACCCGGAUCUUUCGAAGUUUGAAGCUAGUGAAGCAAGUGAUGUUCUGCUUGAGACAGAAAAUGAACCGGAGCAUUUGUUUCCGUUAGCUCUUUCAACACGUAAUCAAAAGGGUAAAGGAGCAGUACAGAAGCGAGUUGAAAGAUAUCAGCCUCGAAGUCGGAUAUCUCGAGAUACGACAAGUGGUGAAAGUGAUAGUAAUAGUUCAGAAGUUAACGGGUCACCGCUGCUACAGACAGGUGGAACUUCCGGGCAACAAUUUACUCCACGGCGAUAUUUUACCACCAUUAAUGGCACAAACAGGAGUAUAUCAUGUAUUGAAACUAUGCCAAGACAAAGCGUCCUUCAAACUCGUCGUAUUUUCGAACCGCUACAAAGGCACAGUUCUUCAAAUACGCAACGUCGAGUUCCAAGUUAUUUGGCUCAAAAACUUGCAAGUAGUGACAUAGUGGCACCAGAUGUGGGUAGCGAAGAAUAUUCGCAGCAAUCAAUACCAUCGAGUGAAGUGGUAGCUUUCCAGGAUUUCGCUACUAAAACUCAUCAAUCAAAACAAAUGGCAAAACAUAUAGCGGAAUGUUUAGAGCAGUUCAAUACGGGUUUGGAUAAAGUUUUGCAAGCACGUCAACUACUAGAAACUUCGCAAGAAUUACCAGCGGAUGAUCGCGAGACAAUGCUACGCUUAUUGAAUCAAGCAAUGCGAACAAGCCUUAAACGGAUGGAAUGCAAUGAUGACCGUUAUGAUCCAGAUGGACGACACAGCGAAAGCCCAAAUAGUCUUCCUGGUCAACGGCAAUGUGUCCCAGUUCAGCAACUUUCUAGCACUAGUGAUGGUAAUGCUAAUUUCCAUAACAUUACCAGUAACAUAGAUCCAGCGGAAUUUUUCCAGCGGCAUGGACAACAGUUGCUUGCUCUGCUGCAACAAAACAUGGCAAAACAGAAUUAA